UUUUGGCAACGGUGCAAUAGAGUCACAAUUUCAAUGGCCGCAGAAAUUUGUGGCGCGUCUCUAUUCUUAUCCGUUAAAACUCAACUGCAACAACGACACCAACACCAACACCAACGCGCGUUCUUCCACACUCAACGAAGCAGAACGAGAAGAAGCACCACCAGAUUCUACUCAUCCAAACGCUGCUUCUGUUCCGUCUUUCCAAAUGCCUCCACGUUUCGCCGCGGCGUCGCGUGUCAGGUCGCGAGCGCCGACCUCGAAUCCGCCGCCAGAGCCGGCGAGGAUCGUCUCUCUAAGGUGCCGGUGCGUAAUAUAAGAAACUUCAGCAUCAUUGCGCAUAUCGACCACGGAAAAUCCACGUUGGCGGAUAAGUUGCUUCAGGUUACUGGCACGGUGCAGCAGCGAGAGAUGAAGGAUCAGUUUCUCGAUAACAUGGAUUUGGAGAGGGAAAGAGGAAUCACUAUUAAGCUUCAGGCAGCUCGAAUGCGUUAUGUGUUUGAAAACAAACCUUAUUGCUUGAAUCUAAUAGAUACUCCGGGGCAUGUCGACUUCUCCUACGAGGUUUCUCGGUCACUUGCUGCAUGUGAGGGUGCUCUUCUUGUAGUAGAUGCUUCUCAGGGGGUUGAAGCACAAACACUAGCUAAUGUGUAUUUGGCUUUGGAGAACAACCUAGAAAUUAUACCUGUUUUGAACAAAAUAGAUCUCCCAGGUGCAGAACCAGAUCGUGUUAUCAAGGAGAUUGAAGAGAUUGUAGGUCUAGAUUGUAGCAAUGCGAUUCUCUGCUCUGCAAAGGAAGGAAUAGGUAUAAUUGAUAUCCUCAAUGCAAUCGUUUCAAGAAUUCCUCCACCUGAAGAUACAUCUAAAAGACCACUGAGGGCUUUAAUAUUUGAUAGCUACUAUGAUCCAUAUAGAGGUGUUAUUGUGUACUUUCGAGUUGUAGAUGGGACUAUAAAGAAAGGUGACAGAGUUUAUUUUAUGGCAAGUGGGAAGGACUAUUUUGCUGAUGAAAUUGGAGUUUUGUCUCCCAAUCAACUACAAGUUGAAGAAUUGUAUGCUGGUGAGGUGGGUUAUCUAUCUGCAUCAAUAAGAACAGUAGCUGAUGCUAGAGUGGGUGACACUAUUACUCACUAUGGAAGAAAGGCUGAUAAUUCCCUCUCUGGAUACGAGGAAGCCACUCCUAUGGUGUUUUGUGGCCUGUUUCCUGUUGAUGCUGACCAAUUUCCUGAUCUGCGUGAUGCACUUGAGAAGCUACAACUCAAUGAUGCUGCACUGAAGUUUGAACCUGAGACCUCAAGUGCUAUGGGAUUUGGCUUUAGGUGUGGAUUUCUGGGUCUUCUUCAUAUGGAAAUUGUUCAGGAGAGACUUGAGAGAGAAUACAAUUUGAGCUUGAUAACAACUGCUCCAAGUGUUGUGUACAGAGUAAACUGUGUAAAUGGUGAUACUGUCGAAUGCUCGAAUCCAUCUUUACUUCCGGAGCCUGGAAAAAGGAAAUCAAUUGAGGAGCCAUUUGUCAAGAUUGAGAUGCUUACACCAAAGGACUACAUUGGUCCGCUUAUGGAACUAGCACAAGAAAGAAGAGGGCAAUUCAAAGAAAUGAAAUUUAUCGCUGAAAAUAGGGCAUCAAUCACCUAUGAAUUACCACUAGCAGAGAUGGUUGGCGAUUUCUUUGAUCAGUUAAAGUCAAGAAGUAAGGGUUAUGCUAGUAUGGAGUAUACCUUUGUCGGGUACGUAGAAAGCAAUUUAAUUAAACUUGAUAUACGUAUAAAUGGUGAUUGUGUGGAGCCAUUGGCUACAAUUGUGCACAAUGAUAAGGCAUAUUCUGUGGGAAGGGCUUUGACUCUAAAGUUGAAGGAGCUCAUACCGCGACAAAUGUUUAAAGUACCAAUUCAAGCGUGCAUAGCAUCAAAAGUGAUUGCUAGUGAAGCGAUAUCUGCAAUAAGGAAGGACGUACUAGCCAAAUGCUACGGUGGGGACAUUUCAAGAAAAAAGAAAUUGCUUAAGAAACAGGCUGAAGGAAAGAAAAGGAUGAAGUCUAUUGGUAAAGUUGAUGUGCCCCAAGAAGCUUUCAUGGCAGUUUUGAAACUUGAAAAGGAGGUAAUAUGAUUUUUGCUUUCGUGUAAGUUGCAACAUGAUCUGAAAUUGUAAAUAUAUUAAGAAAAUAUUGGACCUAAUAUUUUUUUGUUUGAUAUAAUUGUUCAAAUGUUGUUAUCUAUGAUUCUUAGUUGCAUACAAGAUUUUGGAUCAUUGAUAAGAUCACUUACGAGUUGCACUAUUGACUCUGCUAGUUCUAAAUUGCAAAUAUAUUCACAA